AUAAUAUAAGAAGUUGGGAAAAGUACAAGCCUCACCACAGUAUAAAUGUGUAAAGGAAACCAACCAAAUGAAGAUGUCAAGCAUGAGUUCCUCCACAUAACAGAAUGAUGAUUUCCAGAAUGAAUAGAAAGGCAAAAAUGACUGAAAAGUCACCGGAGAUAGUUGACGUUUUCAUUUCUUGGGGAAGCACCACCAUGAAUGUCAUUAUCAUCACAAGAAAUGGCGAAUUCACGAUGGAGAUUGGUUUCAGUGAGUCUGUUCUUGAAAUAAAACGGCGAAUCGAACAAGGCUUGGGUAUCGAAGUAUCAACACAAAUUCUAACAGUAUACGGGUUGGAACUAAUUGAUGGACUUGAUAUGGGAGAUUAUCCAAUUAUUGUCGAAGGAACAAGAAUUGAUCUUAACAUCAUGAAAAAAGAACUUGUUAUCGAAAUUGAUCCUAAUAGAAUUCAGAUUGUUCUUAUGAUAUCAAAACGGAAAACAAUAAUUGAAGUUGAUAGAACGGAAACAGUUGCAAGUUUGAAAGAGAAAAUCCACGGAAUUGACGGAAGUCCCAUCAAAAGAACAGUACUUAGCUUUAGUGGAAUCGAGAUGAAUGAAAACUAUCGAAGUUUAUGCGAGUAUGGGAUAUGUCAAGGAUCUGAAGUGUCAGUGUUUUAUAGAAAUGUGAAUCAUCCAACAAGAAGCGAUCAACCUUCGGCGAGAAGAUUGAGUUUGGUAGUUCAGACUACCUCUGUACUUAAUUCCGCCAGAAUUCCUUUGGAAAUGUUCGAAUCUAAUACAACUAGAGAGAUUAGACGGGUUUUAUUAGACGGAAAAGUUCUUCCUCAAGAUGACUAUUUUUUCAUUCACAAACAGAGAAUCAUGCAAGACGACUGUAGUCUCCGUUGGCAUGGUGUUGAGGAUGGGGAUUUUUUGUAUGUCUUCAAAGGAACUGUUAGCCGUGAAUACUGAACUUUGUGAAACUUCCACUCGACCAAAUAAGCUUGGAGGAAAGGGCCAGCAGAUAUUAAUUAGUUCGACUUUGAAACUAUAUAUGUAAUGUUUUUUUCUCGCAAGAUUUUUACUGUGGUUCAGCUAAAACAUCAUUCGGUUCGGUCCAUUCUGCCUUCUUUCUUACACUACGAGGAAACUUCUUCUUUUAUUGUACAAACCCAAACCACAUUCCCGUGAGCAGUUCAAAACACCUUUUUUUUUUUGGCGGCUUGCCUAUCGACGACCAAAUAAGAUCCUAAGUACAGGUUAAUGACAGACUGACAAAAUAAGCCAAACAUUUAGUUUUAGUUUCUAUUUAUUUUUUCCGGUUAAAACUGUUAGGCUAAAAUCUUAAAGAAAUGGAAUUGACGACUGGAAAUGUAAUAGCAUGGAAAUUGGAUGCACCGUAUCUUGUAAUUCCAUUUAUUUUCUAUAUGAAUCAAAAGAUUACAAA